ACUCACCCCAACCAAUGGCCUACUACUCCGUACUCAUCCCAACCAAUGGUCACUACUCCGUACUCAUCCCAACCAAUGGCCACUACUCCCUCCAAUAGUCACUACUCCAUUCAUGUCCCCCCACCCCCCUCUGCCAAUCCCUCCACUGGCUUCCAUUCAGUGUCCUCCACCCCUCUCUGCCAAUCCCUCCACUGGCCUCCACUCAGUGUCCUCCACCCCUCUCUGCCAAUCCCUCCACUGGCCUCCACUCAGUGUCCUCCACCCCUCUCUGCCAAUCCCUCCACUGGCCUCCACUCAGUGUCCUCCACCCCUCUCUACCAA